AUGGCAUCGGACAGUCAAGGCCGCACUUAUGUGCAACGNCAGUCCAAUGGGAUCCUGGAGAGAUGGCAUCGGGCAGUCAAGGCCGCACUUAUGUGCAACGUACCAAAACCCUGGCCCGAGCUGCUUCCCACCGACAUGCUCGGCCUGCGUACCUGCAUCAAGGAGGACCUGACCGCAUCACCAGCUCAACUCCUUUACGGUACUGAGCUCAGGAUUCCUGGAGAAUUUUUCGUCUCAGAAGACCUCCCAGCGAACCCGAAGUUUUUCCUGGAGAAGUUCAGAGAACACAUCAGGAAAGUUCGUCCAUCACCCACCGCUCAUCACAUCACAAGCCGCUGUUUUUUCUUGAAAGACCUCUACACCUCCACCCACGUCUUUGUGAGGAUUGACGCAGUCAGAAAACCGCUCGAGCUGCCUUAUUCUGGCCCCCACCGAGUCGUCAGGAGGAUCGAUGACCGCAACUUCGUUAUUGACCUAAACGGCACUGAAAAGAGUAUCUCGGUAGACCGACUCAAACCAGCAUAUGUUGCCAAAGAGUCAGCUUCGCCCCCAGCAUCUCCAGAGGAGCCCAGCUCACCUGCAGCACCUGAGAAACCCAGCCGACCAGCUUCACCACCACCAGUGCCUGAUUCAUGCCCAUCAAACACGAUGGACAGGCCCUUGAGAACGUACCCUGCAAGGAAGAGAAUUUCGUUCCCUUCAUCUGUACCAGACCAGGUCACUGGAGAGGGAGUAGAUGUGGCCCCCUUACCUCCCUCGGCUUCCACUUCGCCUAGGGACUUGAUCAUCAGGCCUUAG